CCUGGCAGCGCUGCUUGUCGUCUUCUCUAGACAUCUACACUCCUUCGCGCGCCGCCUAGUCGUUCCUUUUAGUUGCCUCAGUCUCUGGCUGCCUCUGAUAUUGACUAUCAGAACUCCGUCUUGCUGGCCGUCUCUGCUCGCUUCGAUACCAGGAAGAACCCGUACAUACAAAUACGUCUGGAACAGUGGUCUUGCUCGACUCGCUGGAAGAUAAAAGACCUGUGAAUACACGCUCCUUUGUUGACAUAGAUAUCUACAUCUCGACUGGGUCGGGAUCACGAAUUCCCUUCUGAAAACUUCCCCGAGACCCAAGAAGAAGGAGAAAAAAUAAAAUACCCAAGAGAGGACUUCGAUCACGAUGCAUACCGUUCAGUUGACCGCUUUGGCGGCCUCGAUGCUCUCCAUGGCUGCGCCGGCCGCUGCGUUCUGGCGUAUGCCUUGCCAGGGCCGUCUGGGUCUUGCCCGCAUGGACCCCAUCGUCAACCCAGGAGAGCUCUCGCCUCACGCCCACGCCAUCCACGGUGGUAAAAGUACGUUAUUUAACUGCUGCUGCCAGCAAGAAAAGGGGGCUACAAGAGAAAAGAACGUUCUAACAUGCUGUUUUAGAUUUCGAUUUCAAGGUUACUGGUGAUCAGUUGGCUGAGUCUGACUGCACUUCGUGUGCUGUUACCCAGGACAAGUCUGCCUACUGGGUGCCUACUCUCUACUUCCUCCACGCCAACGGGACUGCUGAGCUCGCUGAGCAGCUGGGUGGUACUCUUGUGUACUAUCUCCUGUAUGGAAAGGAUAUCAAGGCAUUCCCUCGAGGCCUUCGUAUGGUUUCUGGAGAUACCGGUCUCCGUGACUUCCCCUUCGUGCAGCCUGAUCCUCCAAAGUCCAGUUGGACCAAGGAGGAGAAGACUCAGUCUGCUCUGGGCCAAAAAGCCAUCGGCUUCAACUGUCUCAACUACGCCAGCCCUCCAGAGGCUUCCAUGUACAGACACACUUUCCCCGAGCGCUCGUUCAUCGACAACACCUGUGCAAACGGUCUCCGUCUUGAGAUCAUGUUCCCAUCCUGCUGGAAUGGAAAGGACCUCGACUCCAAGGACCACAAGUCCCACGUUGCCUACCCCAGCGAGAUCAACGGCGGUGAUUGCCCCGAGGGCUUUGGCACCCGUCUCCCCACUCUCUUCUACGAGACCAUCUGGGUCACCAAGCCAUUCGCCGGCAUGGACGGCAAGUUCGUCAUCUCCAACGGUGACCCAACUGGCGCCGGUUACCACGCUGAUUUCAUUGAAGGAUGGGAUGAUGGUGUGCUACAGGAGGCUGUCGACACCUGCACCAACGACUCCGGUCUUCUCGAAGACUGCCACGUCUUCAACAUCCAGGACCAGAACAAACAGAACGAGUGCAAGAUGAACGUUCCCCCAUCCAUCAUGGCCGAGGAGUAUACUCUCUGCCCCAAGGGUCUGCCCGGUGGUGUCAAGGUUUCUAACGGACCUGGAUACGUUAGUGGCGCAAGCCACCAUGAGCCCGUCGUCAACAUUCCUUCAGUCUCCAUCCCAGCACCCGGCGGACCAAAGCUCAACGUCCCAACCCCCUCUCCCCCUGCUCCCCCUGCUCCUCCAUCCGACCAGGCUCCUCCGGCUCCUCCAGCUCCAGAGACCACUCCAAAGCCAUCUACUCCCGCAAACCCCCCAGGCACUACCACUACCUACACCAAGAACGGUACUGUAUUUGAGGUUGCCAUCGUCACCAAGACUGUCACCACCACUGUUCAAGCCCAAGCUACUCCAGCCAAGAGAGACACGAACCUUCUCCGUCACCACGGUGGCCAUGGCCACGGCGGUCACCGUCGCCGUCAUGGACACUUCUAAGCUGUCCGCUUUCCCCCAGAUAUGAUGGCUAUCUUCGGAUUCUUUUCUUACAUCUGCACCUUUUUUUUUUUUCCCUGACAGAGAGCUGUAUUCACGAGAACCAAAUUCUAUCUUCGCUGUGUAUCUAUUUGCACUGUUGAAACAUAUUACUUCUUCAGCCGAUAGGGGAUUCCCGUCCUCUUGAUUUUCCAAUUUUCCCCCUUGAACGUUUCUGUCGAGAUUGGCAGUCAAUUUCAUAUGGGGGAGGCGUUGGUGCAACGACGUUACCACCCAACCAAUCAGACUCUUUUGAUUUCUUUUCUUUCUUUCUU